GGUACUGAAUCCAUCUGCUUAAACAGCUCUCAGUGCAUCUCAAGCUCGUUAAACUUUUCACCAUGUCUGACUGGGCACGUGUUGUUGUGUUCUCUUUCUGCGUUGCAGUUUCGAGCGCAGAGAUUACGGUUAAUCAACCGCUUUCAAAAUCCACUUCCCCCGGAGGGACCGUCCAGAUUAGUUGCACCUUGUCAGGUGUCACCUUAGGAAGCGCCGCCAUUCAUUGGUAUCAGCAGAAAUCUGGAAAUGCUCCUCGGUGUCUGCUUUAUCACUGGGCCGGCAGCAGCACGAACAGAGCCUCAGGUGUUCCAGACCGGUUUUCGGGCUCUGUCUCCGGCAACACAGGAACGUUAAGUAUCAGUAACGUUGAAUCGGGAGACACCGGGGACUAUUACUGUGCCUUAUGGAGCAGCAACAUUUACUUCUUCGGCACAGGCACCAAGAUGAUCGUAGGCAGUCCGCGGAAACCAUCGGUAUCCCUCCUUCCGCCUUCAUCGGUUCAAAUUAUGGAAAAGAACACGGCGACCCUGGUGUGUUUGGUGAGCGGUUUUAACCCGGGCGCUGUGGAGAUUGAGUGGACGGUAGAUGGCAGUGUCAAGGGGAACGGUGUAGAGACCAGUCGGAUCCAGCAGGAGACGAACAACACGUUCAGUGUGAGCAGCUAUCUGACUCUAUCAGCCUCGGAGUGGAACUCACACGAUCUUUACUCCUGUGGGGUUAAACAUGAGACUCAAGCAACUCCGUUUCAGACAAGUAUCUCGAGAUCGAGCUGUGUGUGAUUUCGGAAACUGCACUUGUCUCAAUUGAGAAAGCUUGUUUAUUCCUGUUCAUACCUCCCAUGCAACAAUACGGUAGAAAUUAUUUGCAUUCCGGUUAAUUUUUAUUUUAAAAACGCUCAUCGUACUGAAAAUGUCCGUCUGUAAAAGUAAUUGGAUUUUACAAACAUGCCGUGUUAACUGAAAUGGCAAUGAUUAUUAGCUUGCAUCUAUACAUCUGAAUAAAAGACAGGAACAAUGUGAUUGUGUCUUAAAUAAUGAAGAAUUAUGAAUCUAUUCCAACACAGCAGUUCAAUAAAACAAUCGAUCGAACGUCAAA